AUGGGCAGAGACAACCAGACCAGGGUCACAGAAUUCCUUCUCCUGGGACUCUCUGGGCAGUCAGAGCAGGAGGAGGUGCUCUUCGGGCUCUUCCUGUGCAUGUACCUGAUCACCAUCAUCGGCAACCUUCUCAUCGUCCUGGCCAUUGGCUGUGACAGGCAUCUCCAUACGCCCAUGUACUUCUUCCUGGCCAACCUCUCCUGUGUGGACAUCUGCGUUUCAUCAGUCACGAUCCCCAAGAUGCUGGUGAAUCACAUCCUGGGAAGCCAGUCCAUCUCUUAUGCAGAAUGCAUGACCCAGAUCUACUUCUUCAUCACUUUCACCAACAUGGACGGGUUCCUCCUGAGUGUGAUGGCCUAUGACCGUUACACUGCCAUCUGCUGCCCACUCCACUACACCAUGAUCAUGAGGCCCAAGCUCUGUGUCCUGUUGGUGGCUGCCUCUUGGGUCGUGACCCACCUGCAUGCUCUCCUACACACUCUUCUCAUGGGGAAGCUCAUGUUUUGUUCCAAUAAUGCUGUCCAUCACUUUUUCUGUGAUCCCUAUACAGUUCUAAAGCUGUCUUGCUCUAAUACUUUCAUCAAUGACCUAAUGGUCCUCACUGUGGGUGGACUGAUAUUUAUGACACCAUUCACGUGCAUCAUUGUUUCAUAUGCCUUCAUCUUCUCUAAUGUGUUGAAGCUGCCAUCUGCUCACGGAGUAAGGAAAGCCCUGUCCACGUGUGGAUCCCACCUCACUGUGGUCUCCCUCUUCUAUGGGGCAAUCCUGGGGGUCUAUAUGCGCCCUUCAUCCUCCUACUCAGUACAAGACGUGGUGGCCACUGUCAUCUUCACUGCGGUGACUCCCCUGGUCAAUCCCUUCAUCUACAGCCUGAGAAAUCGUGACAUGAAGAGAGCUUUAAGGAAACUAAUAUCAGAUUCAAUAGUUUAA